CCCAUAACGAAGACGAUGGAUAUUAAACAUCGUACAUAAACGUAGAGAUAUUUGAAGAGGACGACUGAGCCAUCGUUUCGGAGGGAGUCGGUGAGAGAGGCGAGGGAGAGUGAAUGAGAGAUGCCCCCGAUCGCCGGUUCCUCGUCACAAUCCUCCUAGCUAUUGUGCUCGUGGCUCUCCCCGCUCCUCCGGCGCGCUCCCCUUCUGCUGCUCCUCCGCCUGGAAGUGGUGACCGAAUCGCCGAUCUCAAGGGCAAGAUCGAGACCCGCGAGGUCGAUAACGGGACGAUGUCCAAGGCUCGUGUCUACGCCGACGUCAACGUCCUCCGGCCCAAGGACUACUGGGAUUACGAAUCCCUCGCCGUCCAGUGGGGGGAUCAAGAUGACUAUGAGGUUGUUCGAAAGGUUGGCAGAGGAAAAUAUAGUGAGGUAUUUGAGGGCAUAAAUGUUUCCAACAAUGAGCGUUGCAUCAUCAAGAUCCUCAAGCCUGUGAAGAAAAAAAAGAUUAAGAGGGAGAUAAAGAUUCUUCAGAACCUUUGUGGCGGUCCAAAUAUUGUGAAAUUGCUUGACAUUGUCAGGGACCAGCAUUCAAAAACUCCUAGCUUGAUAUUUGAAUAUGUGAACAACACAGAUUUUAAAGUCCUAUACCCUACAUUGACUGACUAUGACAUUCGUUACUACAUCUAUGAGCUUCUUAAGGCACUAGAUUACUGUCAUUCACAAGGUAUCAUGCAUCGAGAUGUCAAGCCUCACAAUGUCAUGAUAGAUCAUGAGCUUCGAAAGCUUCGGUUGAUAGAUUGGGGACUUGCCGAGUUCUACCAUCCAGGCAAAGAGUAUAAUGUUCGUGUUGCAUCAAGGUACUUCAAGGGGCCAGAACUACUUGUUGAUUUACAGGAUUAUGACUACUCCUUGGACAUGUGGAGCCUUGGAUGCAUGUUUGCUGGAAUGAUAUUUCGCAAGGAACCUUUCUUUUAUGGACAUGACAAUCAUGAUCAGCUUGUAAAAAUUGCGAAGGUUCUUGGAACAGAUGAGUUAAAUGCUUACUUGAACAAAUACCGUCUAGAGCUUGAUCCACAACUUGAAGCUCUUGUUGGAAGGCAUAGCAGGAAACCUUGGGCUCGAUUCAUUAAUGCAGAUAACCAACAUCUAGUUUCUCCAGAGGCAAUAGAUUUUCUUGAUAGGCUUCUUCGCUAUGACCACCAGGAUAGGCUUACAGCUCGAGAAGCCAUGGCACACCCAUAUUUUCUUCAAGUAAGAGCUGCAGAGAACAGCAGGACUCGCACCCAGUAAUAUUUGGGCCUUGUCUUGUCGCAAGUGCUGGACUGUACGAAUCAUGGUAGAUGUAAUGAUUCGAGAGCACUCAGCCGGAGAGUGAUGCGUAUUGUUGGCUAAUCUUUCGGGUGAUGUAGCAGAUAUAAUCGGCUCGCAAUUUGGGUUUCAUCGUCCUCGUAAAUAGGUGUGUGCUUAAAGCACAGAGACCGCUGUCAUGGCCGUUGUGUGUGUGUGUGUGUUCAUGUUUUUCUAUGUCCGGUUGCGUGUACUGCUUGUGCUUAAAGCAUGUGUUUGUCUGC